AUGGUUGGCACAAGGAAUACGGCCUACGCGGAGGAGAGCGCAGAGGUCAAGGUGUUGUACGCCAACCUCGAGAAGCUCAAGCUCCUUACGAAGAAGAUCCAAGGCUCCAUGGUUCGCCUAGAGACCGGUGGAAACGUAGUGAAAAAUGCCAUCGGUCCCAUCUACAGCAACACGCAAUCUCUCCAGAUCACCAACACCAACAUUGACAGAGUCAAUGAGGCAAUCGAACGGCUCCGUCAGCCUCUCGAUGCGAAGAGGGGAGAGGAAGGCAUCAUUCGCGCUGGACCUCAAAGCGCCGGCCUGCCCCAAUACCUGUCAGCCCUUAGACGGGUGGAAAAGGCACUCGUGGACCUCAACUCGACUAAUAUGCGGUCGAACGAAAAAGCGAUCUCCGAUUUGACCUCGUUAUUAUCCAUCGGUUCCACCCAACUUCAGGACCUGCUCCGUGGCAAGUUAAGCCAAUACGUCGGGCCUGUCGAGCCGCUACAUUAUCUGACAAAAGAACUACCAUUCCCGUCGAUCCCGCAGGAAGAACUCGCCAUAUUGGGGCCUAUCUGCUCCACCCUCGACUCAGUGGCGGCAUUAGGACCCCAGCGUGGUGAAGGUGGCAAUCCGGCUGUCAGAAUAUACGCUGAGAUCCGUGGUGGAUACGUUACAUCAAACUUGCAGAACCUCGCGACUGCAUCCCUGAAUACCGUCAAACGGAGGGCUACCGACGGUCCCUAUAAACAAGGCACAAACGGAAUCGGGAUUUAUUCGAAUGCGCUGGAAAAUUUCAUUUACGCCGAACAUGAGAUCCUUUCGCGCAUAUUUACGGGCGAACAACGAGGCCUGGCUCUGCAGGCUACGUGUCGUUCGGCGCUGACCGAAUACUCCAAAACCCUGCGGGAACUCAAUCAGUACAUCCGUGCCAAUCUCAUGACCGAUUGUUUUCUGGCCUUCGAGAUUAUUGACAUUGUAACCGCCAUGUCUUAUCGUGUCGACUCCAAAACGGGCGAGCUCAAAAGCUUGUUCAUCGAAGCUCUCAGACCCGUCCGUGAGACCGCCAAAUCCUCGCUUUCGGAACUGAUCGAGGAGACAAAGCGGAAAGCGGGAGCUAUCACGAUGCUGCCGCCGGAUGGAGGACCCGUACCUCUGGUCCAUGAAGUGAUGAACUCUCUCAUCACAUUGACUGCAUAUUCAGGCCCAUUGGCUUCGAUCUUGACUUCGCUGGGAGACGGAAAUUGGCGGUCCACGUCCAAUGUACCCAACCCUACACCCUUGGACGUCAGUCCGGACAGCUCGACACUUUUAUCACACUUCAUCCUGGAUAUGAUCGAAACCAUGAUGGUUGCUCUUGAAGCGCGGGGGCGAACAUUUCACCGCUCCAAAGCCGUGCAGGGUGUGUUCCUGUCCAACAUAUUUUGCAUCGUCGACCGCUCUAUUCGGCAGAAUCCGGAACUGGCCAAGUAUUUAGGGUCUCCGGACAGCAUCGCGCGAAUCGACAGCUUCCGCAAGCGUGCCACCUCCACCUACCUGGAUGCCUGGAAGGAGCCCUCGCAUUACCUGCUGGAUGUCCAGUAUACGUCGCGGGGGGCACGUCCCGCAUCGAGCGGCGCAGUCGACUCCAGCGCCAUUGUCAAGGCCCUCCACUCCAAGGAUCGGGACGCAAUCAAGGACAAAUUCAAGGCGUUCAACGCUAGCUUUGAUGAGCUGGUGUCGCGCCACAAGUCACUCUACAUGGAACGAGAGGUGCGCGGAGUACUCGCGCGAGAAGUGCAGGGCGUCCUGGAGCCUCUCUAUGCCCGCUUCUGGGACCGCUACCACGAGAUCGACAAAGGCCGGGGCAAAUAUGCCAAGUACGACAAGAACAAUAACGUGACUGAUAAGCGGAGCCCCGCUAGCGUCAAGAUUGUCCCGCCGCAAAAUUUCCCAUCGAUCCUCCACACAUUCAAGAGCCCCUCUCCUAUCUGUUCUCCUUUCCUGAACCGCUUCUCUACCUGGCGACAGCUGUGGCUCUGGCUGGCCGAGUCUCAAAAGGAGCUCGGUCUCCCUAUCACCGAUGACGCCAUUUCCCAGAUGAAGGCGCAUACUACGAUCCAGGACGAGGAGUUCAAGGUUGCCGCGGAGGAGGAAAAGCGCCGGAGACACGAUGUCAUGGCCCACGUCCACGCGUACGGACAGGUCGCCCCGGCUGCGGCGGGCAUCAUCCACUGGGGUGCCACCUCGUGCUACUGCACGGACAACGCCGAUCUCAUCUUCCUCCGCGACGGUCUCGACAUCCUGAUCCCCAAGCUGGCCGUCGUUAUCGAUAAGCUGUCUGCAUUCGCGCAGGAGUACAAGGACCUGCCUUGUCUCGGCUUCACGCACGGACAGCCUGCCCAGCUCGUCACGGUUGGCAAGCGGGCGUGCCUGUGGAUCCAGGAUCUGCUCAUGGAUCUGAGGAACUUGGAGAGGGCCCGCGAUGACCUGCGUUUCCGUGGUGUCAAGGGUACCACCGGUACUCAGGCUUCUUUCCUCCAGAUCUUCGAGGGUGAUCACGGUAAGGUCGAGCAGCUGGACGAGCUGGUGACCGAGAAGGCUGGGUUCAGCUCUGCUUUCAUCAUUUCCAGCCAGACGUACUCCCGCAAGAUCGACGUUGAUGUUGGCAACGCCCUGGGCUCCUUCGGUUCCACUUGCGAGCGCAUUGGCAUUGAUAUCCGCCAUCUCGCCAUGCUCAAGGAGCUUGAAGAGCCUUUUGAGAAGGACCAGAUUGGCAGCAGCGCGAUGGCCUAUAAGCGCAACCCGAUGCGCUCUGAGCGUCUCUGCUCCCUGGGAAGACACCUUCAGAACCUGCCCAAGGAUGCCUUGGACACCUACUCGGCGCAGUGGUUUGAGCGCUCUCUGGUCGCUAACCACAUCCCAGACAACGUCACCUCUGGCUUCGUCGUCUACCCCGAGGUCAUCAGACGUCAUGUGAACGACGAGCUUCCUUUCAUGGCCACUCCUGUAAACAAUUACUUACAACAACAGGUCAUCAUGGCCUGCGUCAAGAAGGGCCUUUCCCGGCAAGACGCGCAUGAGGAAAUCCGCGUCCUCUCCCACCAAGCCGCCGACAACGUCAAGAAGCACGGCCAGGACAACGACCUGCUCGAGCGCAUCCGCCGCACCGAGUUCUUCAGCCCCAUCCUGGGCGAGCUCGAAACCCUCCUCGACCCGAGCACCUUCGUCGGCCGCGCCCCGCAGCAGGUUGAGAAAUUCGUCUCGACAGAGGUCAAGCAGGUUCUUAAGCCUUAUGAGUCCCAUCUCGCCAAGGCGGAGACGUCUGCUCUUCAUGUCUAA